UAAAUAUGUUACCGCAAAUUUGUUCUUUCCCAAAAUUUGUGGUAUUCAGUUGGCAAUACAAAAAUGGUCUGCUAGUGAGAAUAAGGUUGUACAAAAGAUGUCUGAGGAAAUGAAACAGAAAUUUGACAAAUAUUGGAAAGAUGUACAUGGACUUAUGUCUGUUGCAACUGUUCUUGAUCCAAGGUACAAACUUCAUAUGUUGCAAGCUCUGUUUGGUUCUCUCUAUGGAAUUGAAUACGCAGAUGUUAAAGUUGAUGAAGUAAGGAAGUUAAUGGCUAAUCUGUUGGAGCAAUAUCGAGAAGAUGUUGAAGUUGUGGCUACAUCGGAAGCUAUGGACACUGCUGCUGCACAAGUUGGUGGAGUUGAUGAUGUAAUGAACAUCUUUGAUCAAUAUAUGUCCUCAAAACCUACGAUUUGUGCUUCUCAAGUUCGGACAAAAUUAGACUUGUACUUGGAAGAGCAAACCAUCAAGAGAGUACCGGACAAAGAUAUGGACAUCAUAAAUUGGUGGAAAGUUGCAGGUGCAAAGUAUCCUACUUUGCAAAAGAUUGCUCAUGACAUAUUGCCUAUCCCUGUGACAUCGGUGGCAUCAGAAUCAGCGUUUAGUACUAGUGCUAGGCUACUUAGUUCACAUCGUAGCCGACUUGUGCCAAGUAUGGCUGAAGCACUCAUGUGCAUGCAAGCUUGGUCCCGUGCUGACAUGAUAGGAUGAGUCCGAGUCUAUCAUAACUGAAGCUUAGUCGGUCAUGCGGUGAAGAAAGAAGAUGAUGCCUAGAAGAAUACCUUCCUUCACUUGUAAUGAGAAUUGUGAUGUACUUAUGUCUCCUGGCUGUAGGAAACUAAGGCUGAUAAAUUCUGUUGGGCUAUUUCUAUGCUAUUUUGUAAGAAAUUAAGACUAAGAAAUUAUGUUGGGCUCCUAUGUCAUUCUGUGAGGAACUAAGGCUGAGAAAUUUCUACUUAU